GAAGAAACCAGCUUCCAUUACAUUCCUUGUGAAGCUAAUUUCGUUGCUGAUUCGAUCACUAGUUUGGGUCACCAAGCUGCAAAUCCUAAUACUUGAUGUAGAAAGUUACCGCUCUUAGUGCUUAACGUUUUUAAUUUUGAUAACUUAUUUGUAAGAUGUAACCGGGAUUUCAACUUAUAAUUUUACUUGUUUUUUUAUCAAUAAGUAUGACUCGAUGCUUUGAUCACUAUGCCGAAGAAAAUUUCACUUUACGCUAAACUUAAACAUUGGUCACCGCCGUUGGUGUCACCAAUCGACAAACUGAAACGGGUGAGCAGCUAGAAGAAAAGAAGAGAAGAGAAGAGAAUGGGUUCAAGAGGAGGCGCGACGGUUUUGCAGCAGCUAAAUCGGGCGAGUCGAAUGAGAACGAAGCUUCAGACGGCGCUGGAAGCCAGCGCUCUGGAAAUAGAAGACGUGUCACAUCAGCACGCCGGACAUGCCGCCAUGAGGAAUAACAACAACGCCGGCGAGACUCAUUUCAACCUCAGGAUCGUCUCCCCUAAAUUCGAGGGCCAGAGCCUCGUUAAACGACACCGCAUGGUUUACGACGCCUUGGCCGACGAGCUCCAGUCCGGUCUUCACGCCCUCUCCAUCGUCGCCAAGACUCCCCAAGAAUCCGGCCCCAAGUAGACAAUUUCCCCCCCCUAUUUUUAUGUAUUGAUUUUUCAUUUUGGAUAUUUAAUAUUUUUGAUGCUGAUGAUUUAUACAUCAGUGUGUGUGAUUGUUCAUCGAAUCGGAAAAGGUUUAAUAAUAUUUCGUGUUGAAUUUGCGACG